GAAUAAUUUAUCGAAAUGGCAAAGCAAAAAGAGAGUAUCUCCCUCAACCAACUUCAUAACUUCCAUAAUUCAAGAAUGGGAGGGGACUUCAUAGUGCUGGUUCUAAGAAUUGUAUUCUUACUAAUACCAAUGGUUUAUACAGAAUAUGUUACUAUCUCUACUACAGAGCUAAAAAGAAGAUUCUAUUUCUUUACUUUAUUCUCCAUGACCAAAGUAGAUGUAUUCACUUUUCUCGCAAUCACUAUUUCUCUUAUGAAAGUGUUUAAGAUCAAUGUUCCACGAAAACUCCUGAGAGUUCACCAGAUCUUAUUUGAAACAACCUUCGUAUCACAAGUAAUUGUGUUUAUAAUAUAUUGGGUAGCUAUUCAUCAUACUAUGGAUGACUUGAUAGCAGAACAAGGCCAAGAAUUUGUGAAGUAUCUGUACGUAUCUCAUAUUAUCCCCUUCCUAUGUAUAUCAGCAGAGCUAUUUAUUUCAAAGCCUGUAGUCCUUCAGUCUGAAUUGAUCUAUAUGAUUUAUUAUGGAUCCAUUUACACUGUGAGCAACUUCAUUCAAACAAAGCUAACCAAUGUGCGCCCUUACCCAUUCAUGACCUGGGAAGAUUAUACCUCCGUUAUUGCUUUCUUCGUGAUCUUACUGUUCAUGAUAGUUAUAUACACAGUUUCAAGUCAGAUCACUCAUAUUGUUAAUGGGGUAAAGCAGAAGCAAGAAUAAUAUAAGGUUACCAAUAUUUUCUG